AUGAAAUGUAAUUGUUGCUGGAAGGAUAUUGAUCCAAGCGAAUAUUAUGUUGUGAACAAAUGUAAACACAUUUUUUGUUCUUACUGUGCCCAGAAGGCAUGGUUAAAUGGAAAUUAUAAAUGUCCAUUGUGUCAAAUUACUCUAACUGAGGACGAUAUUUCCAGAAAUGACUCAACAGAUUUUGAGUCAAUAGCCCAACAACUAUAUGGUAUAUCUCCAAAAAAUUUAAAUGAAGUUAUCUGUUUGAUUUCUAAUUUUAACCAGAAACAACAACUCCUCUAUGAAUCAAAGUUACAGCAUGAUAACCAUGUUAAUGAAAAGAAGUUAAACGGUAAAUACCAACAAGUUAUCUCUAAGGCAUUUGAUUACAGGAAACAACGAGAUCAAAUAAAAAAUGAGUUAGAAAAAUAUAAAAAAGAAAAUGAAAAAUUAGAAUUGGAGAAUCAACAAUUUAAAGCACUAAUACAAGAGUAUGAACAAAAUAGUAAACAAACAAAAGACAUAAUUCUGAGAAUGCAACAAGAACAAAGUGAAAAAAAUUCAAUAAUUUCAAGUAAACUAUUUUCCCCACAAACAAAUCAAAUGAAACAAUUGUUUAAGCAAAAUACCUUUGAGGUUAAUCCCAAUACAGCGUUACAAAAGAAAUUAAACAUGAAAAUGAAUGACAAAUUUGCUCAAUUGAAAAAAAUACGUGAAGAGAAUAAAAAAGAAAUUAACUUAAAACCUACUUCUAAGAAAAAUACCUUUUCUCUUGAAAAGAAACGAAUUCCAAUUCUCCAAUCCCCAGUAGUAAAUAGACCAAUGUUUACUUCUCCAUUAAAAAGUGUUGUAAUUCCAUUUACACCAAUUUAG